CGAGAACACCGUAAAAUAUCCCAAUUCCUCACUCUCUCUCUCUCUCUAACAUCUAGUAGGAAUCAAAAGCAGAGUCUGAUUAAGCUCUGAGCUGUACAACGGCCAUAGCCACGCGCCCUUCAAAGAUCUGUUACCUUCCAUUGAUACACACCAAGCGCGGUAGCGGGUGGAUCUCGGCGACGGCGUCGUUUGGAUAGAGUCCUGCAGGAGUAGAACAGCUUCUUCUUCUUCAUCCGCAGCGAGUUGAGGGAGUGCGAGAAUGGCAAGUCGAAAGGAAGACGAGAAAAAUGAACGAAUUAUUCGCGGCCUUCUUAAACUUCCUGAGAAUCGCAGAUGCAUCAACUGCAACAGUCUGGGGCCACAGUAUGUUUGCACAAAUUUCUGGACAUUUGUUUGCACAAACUGCAGUGGAAUACACCGAGAGUUCACACACCGUGUAAAAUCAGUAUCAAUGGCCAAAUUUACUUCACAAGAAGUCAAUGCCCUUCAAGAAGGGGGAAAUCAGCGUGCAAAGGAUAUUUAUCAUAAAGAAUUGGACCCGCAACGUAACUCCUAUCCUGACAGCAGUAAUGUCGAGAGACUUCGAGACUUUAUUAAGCAUGUAUAUGUGGAUAGAAGAUAUACUGGUGAGAGAAACUUGGACAAGCCUCCAAAGGGGAAAAUGGGUGAGAAAGAAGAUUCCUAUGACAACAGAAGAGUGGAUUCAUAUCAGGGUGGCUCUCGAAGCCCACCAUAUGAUGAUAAAUAUGAGCGUCGUUACAGUGAUAGGUCUAGUCCUGGUGCAAGAAGUUAUGAUGGGCAAAGAAGUCCUGGAUAUGAUCAAGAAAGUCGUCAGUCUAGUGAUUAUAGGAGAAGUCCUGGUCGCCCUGAGAUUGUGAAUGAUUGGCGUCGAGAAGAUAGAUUUGGAAAUGGGAGUCGAAAUGAUGAUCGUAGAAUAUCUGAUGGAGAUUCUAAAGUGGAAGGAAAAUCACCUGAACGACCAAGAGAUCUAAAUUCGUCAAGUCCCCCUAUUGUACGGCCUGUUAGAGAGAUUUUAGGGGAGAACACAGUACCUCUCCGUAUAAUUGAACCUCCAAAAGCUAACAGUGCUAGAGCUACUGAUAGCUCUGUGCAGCAUACACAGAGAAGUGUGUCGUCCAGCAGCUUGGCCUCCUCCAAUGGGAACCCAGUGGAAGUGAAGCUGGAGACUUCUGGAAGUUUAAUUGAUUUUGAUGCUGAUAUCAAACCUGCUCCAGCUGUUGUAGUUCCUCAAGCACAACAAACUACUGUAGCUCAAUCCUACCCACAGCCUGCAAAUUCAACCAAUGACAACAAUUGGGCCUCUUUUGAUGUUACUCCAGCAGUGAAAGCACCUCAAGCUCCUGCAAAUGUGAAUUCAGUAGAAUCUCUGCUAUCACAAUUGUCGGUUUCAGCACCUGUCCCUAGUUAUGUUUCUGGGACUGCAGGUAAUCUUGGUGCCCCCACAGUUGCACCAGUAAGCAGCUUGUCAACAUUUCCCCCUGUUGCUGCUCUAGUUCCUGCCCCUGGAUCUCAAGCAUUCCCAGUAAAUGGUGGUAAUUUCCAUGUUAAAGAUCCUGCUUCCGGGCAAUGGCCUACCAUGCAGCACCAGCAACCUUCUUUAUACCCUGCUACUGGGGUUCAGUCUGCUGGACAACAAUAUAUGCCUUCCACUGAUGGAACUUCGACUGUUGCAUCACAAUCGUCAGCUGGGGAAGCAAAGUCUACUGGAAGAAGAGAACUUCCUGCGGAUGUUUUUGCAAUGAACUAUUCAUCUUUUCUGGCACCAGUUCCUGGAUGGCAAACUGGUCCUCCUCGUGGUAUGGGGUUUCCUAUGCCAUAUAACACUGCGGUGCCAAUGCCCAGUUUUAAGCAGUCUUCAAAGUCAGCGAACCCAUUUGAUGUAAACAGUGAACCUCCAAUACAAGCCUCAGCGUUUCCUUCCUUGCAAGCUCCCCUACCAAAUGCCCAGCCUUUAUCCCCUUCAGGUUUAAUGCGCACGUCCAGCCUUGGUACUCCCUCAUCAGCAUGGAUGCCCCUCCAGUCAUCACCAUAUUCAUCAGCGGUUCCUCCCCAAGCACCACAAUAUGCAUCCCAAGUGCCUCCCCAAGCACCACAAUAUGCAUCACAAAUGCCUUCCCAAGCACCGCCGUAUGCAUCACAAGUGCCUCCGCAGCCACCACAAUAUGCAUCACAAAUGCCUUCCCAAGCACCUGCCGUAUGCAUCACAAGUGCCUGCCCCAGCCACCACAAUAUGCAUCACAAUUGCCACCAAGAGCCUACAUGGUACAACAAGUUCCGAGCAGCGUGCCACCUUCCGGGUAUCAAGGGGCAGGCGGCUUUGGCACCGGUGGGGCUUCUUUUGGUUCGUUAAAUGUGGAUCAGCAGCUGGCAGGUAGAUUCUCAGCGCCUGCUACGCCAAAUCCAUACUCUUCGGCUGGAGGAAAUCCAUUUGGGUAGAUGAAAAAAACACAAGAUGGUCUCUAAUCCCAUUUAGGGUCAUCAUCUUGCUGCUGCUGCUGCCUGUCAAAUUGCUGGAAAGGUUUUGGUUUCUAUCUCCUCUAGUUUUUAUGUUAUCCGAUGCAGCCUAAUGCGAGAUUGUGUUCUUGGAUCAUCACCGGGGUCGGUCACAAGUCAAAAGGUCGACUUCCCGUCAUGUACAAUUUGUUUGUUGUUUGUAAGAAAGUGAGAGAGAGAGAGAGUACAUAGUUUAAAGGGCCAUUAAGUUGUAGAGUUUGCUAGCAAAGGUGUUUUUUUUUUUUAAUUUUUCUUUUUCUUUUUUCUUCGCCUACUUUGUUGUAUGAUUUUGCAAUCACAUUAUUAUGCUGUGAACUCGUUGAGUCUUAAGGAAGUUGGUGGAACGGUAGCAAUGAUGUUACAGUGAAAUGCAGUUUGUACGUUAAUACAAUUGUCGAUCGAUCGAGUGGUGAGGUUAUUUUC